AUGGCUCGCCUCGCUGCUGUGUGCCUUCUGGCGGCAGCCGCCUGCUGCCUCCUCCGCUCCCUGGCAUUCGUGCCUGCGCCCGCCACGCGCAGUGAUGCCCUGACCACAGCCACCGGAGCAGCAGUGAUUGCCACCAUUCCGGCCGGGGCGGAUGCCUUCGUCUACAAGGGCAAGGAGUACUUCGAUGUCUUCUAUGGCAUUGAGCCACUGGCCUGGGCUUUCUGCGGCUUCUGCAUCGUGUACUACGGUGCGGUCUUGAAGAACGCAUUUCUGCAACACGUCUGCAUGCGAGGCAAGGAGUACUUCGAUGUCUUCUAUGGCAUUGAGCCACUGGCCUGGGCUUUCUGCGGCUUCUGCAUCGUGUACUACGGUGCGGUCUUGAAGAACGCAGCCCAGAAGUACAACAUCCCCCCGGCUCCCCAGCCACCAAAGGUCGGCGGCUUCGUUGGAAAGGAGGACCUCAAGCCCGGCAACUUCCUCCUGAUCAGCGGCCGCUUGAAGGUGAUCGACUUCGGGAUCGCCAAGCGAAUCUCCAACGACACCACCAACAUUCAACGGGACACCUCCGUAGGGACGCUUAGCUACAUGGCGCCAGAGGCCGUCAAGCAGGGGCAGCUGAAGCUCGGCAGGGCCUCUGACAUUUGGUCUUUGGGCAUCAUCCUCUAUCAGAUGGUCUAUGGCACGCCUCCCUUGGCACAUCUCGAUCCCAUGCAGCGACUCCUACGCCUCAACGACCCCGUUCUGCGGAUUGAGCUCCUUGGCCAUCGGUGGAAUAGCCGGCCCUGCCGGGGCAAUGCAUUGCAUAGGGCCGCCCUGGAGAACGACCUCGAGGGUGCCCAGGCUGCCCUGAGGAAAGGUUCUGCAGCCUUAGUGAAGGAACGCUUUAGCUACGAGACAGAGUUCCGCGGCCAGAAGCAGGAAGGCAGUGGCGAGGCCAUCCACUUGGCAGCCAGCCGCGGCAACGUGGAAUUGGUAAAGCUGCUGUUGGCAAAGAACGCGGAUUUGGAAGCUCAAGUGUCGCGUGGGGAGCUCGGUCAACCGCCAGUUUCUCAAGCCCAAGCUCCACUGCCAGCAAGCAAUUACUAG